UUGCCCUGAAAGAAUGGGGGCAGGUGGCCGCCCGGCCAUUGUUACUGAAGACAAGUGUGUGGCUCCCUGGGAGACCCUCUGCCCUUUCCUCCUCCCACCAGCCCAGUGAGCGGGACCAGGCUUGCUUAUUGUCACCUGACGCUGUACAGCCACGGAUCCCAUUGGUGGAGCCAGAUUCUGUCUGUCUCUCUCCUGCUUUCUCUGCCUUCCCUGCCUCCGUCCUCCACGCUUCUUUGGUUUCUCUCCUGUCUCCCUCCCUGUGCUCAGCCGGGGAGCACCGUCACACCGGGGCAGCAGCUGCUCGGGCUGCAGAACCAGACAGGAGCUGCCUGCGGGGCAUGGAAGAAGCCUCCGCGGGGAGAGGAGCGAGCCUGUGCUGCCUGUAACCCAGGCAUCCGGCGCUGCUCCUGUGCCUGGGAGCUCAUCCCUACCGCCGCCUCCAUCCCCCUUUUCUGCCUUGCCCUUCCAGAUCUUCCUUUGCAGAGUCGAGUGGAGCCAGUCCCUACAGGAGCCCAGCCAGAGGGGAGCAUGGAGCUGCUGUCGACCCCCCACAGCAUCGAGAUCAACAACAUCACCUGUGACUCCUUCCGCAUCUCCUGGGCCAUGGAGAACAGUGACCUAGAGAGGGUCACCCAUUACUUCAUUGACCUCAAUAAGAAGGAGAAUAAGAACUCCAACAAAUUCAAGCACCGGGAUGUCCCCACCAAGCUCGUGGCCAAGGCUGUGCCGCUGCCCAUGACAGUGAGAGGCCACUGGUUCCUGAGCCCCCGCACGGAGUACAGCGUGGCUGUGCAGACAGCUGUGAAGCAGAGCGAUGGGGAGUACCUCGUGUCUGGCUGGAGCGAGACGGUCGAGUUCUGCACUGGGGACUAUGCCAAAGAGCACCUGGCUCAGCUGCAGGAGAAGGCCGAGCAGAUCGCAGGCCGCAUGCUUCGCUUCUCUGUUUUCUACCGCAACCAUCACAAGGAGUACUUCCAGCACGCCAGGACCCACUGCGGGAACAUGCUGCAGCCCUACCUGAAGGACAACAGCGGCAGCCACGGCUCGCCCACUAGCGGCAUGCUGCACGGCGUCUUCUUCAGCUGCAACACGGAGUUCAACACGGGCCAGCCUCCCCAGGACUCCCCCUACGGCCGCUGGCGCUUCCAGAUCCCCGCGCAGCGCCUCUUCAACCCCAGCACUAACCUCUAUUUUGCGGACUUCUACUGUAUGUACACGGCCUACCAUUAUGCCAUCCUGGUGCUGGCCCCCAAGGGCUCCCUGGGGGACCGCUUCUGCCGCGACCGCCUGCCCCUCCUGGACAUUGCCUGCAACAAGUUCCUAACCUGCAGCGUGGAGGAUGGGGAGCUGGUCUUCCGCCAUGCCCAGGACCUCAUCCUGGAGGUCAUCUACACGGAGCCCGUCGACCUGUCCCUGGGUACCCUGGGCGAGAUCAGCGGGCACCAGCUCAUGAGCCUGUCCACUGCCGACGCCAAGAAAGACCCCAGCUGCAAGACCUGCAACAUCAGUGUGGGCCGCUAGGCGCUCCUGAGCGCUGCGGGAGGCUGGGGCGGGAGGACAGGAAGCGUGGAGGUGGUCGGCUGCCAUCCGUGCAGGCAGUUGGUUUCCUUUCCUCCUGCCCCCUGGCCCCUGCUCUCCGUCAGUCCACUCCCUUCCCCCACCCCUUGGAAUAAGAGGUGGUAGAGAGCUGUCCUCUUGGAAAAGUAUGGCCCAUUCCGUGGCUGAUCGACUUAGGAAGGCUUCCUAGCCUCCGUAGAGGGGUAGAUGGCUUGGGUUUUGGGAGCUGUCCAUCACCUUGUCUCUCAACUCCCUCUCCUGCUCUUCCUUGCCCCACCCCAGCCCUCCCAUCUCAGAAACCUGCCGGCCUCCCGGGACUUUCCCAGGAGGCCUCUCUGGGCUCCCUCCCAGGUGUAGCUCGGGCGAGCCUCCAGGGGCUUCACGGAGAGAUGUGGGGCAGCUCUUCCUUAGCCCCACCCACCCCACUCAGGGCCAACCACAGAAUGCCCCUCCCUUCCGAGCUAGGGUCUCGGGUGCCUCCCACUCUGGCCUGGACCCUGCCCUCUAUAAAUAGUCUCCUUGCCCCUGCCAUGCCCCUCACCCUCACCCCCUCCUCCUUUGGCUGCUCCCUGCCCAGUCGAACCUUCUUCCUGCAUGGCGAGAGCUGCCCCUCGCCUUCCCCACUCGCCCCCUCUAGCCACUCCCCUUGCUCUCUAGAAAGGGGCCUUUUUUUUCUUCUCGACUUUGGGGGCUCUGGGCUGUUGGGGCGUUUCCUUUCUUCUCUCUGGAGAUGAUCACCCCCGGCAUUUUCUCUCGUUUGCUCAGAGCACUGAGGUCUGGAAUGACAGCCAUUGGGGUUGAGGAGGGGGAAGCAGACCCCUGAGACCCAGAGGUACCGGGAGUGGGUUGCCUGGUGCCUCCUCCAGGGGCCUGGCAUGGAACUAGAGAGCUCAGGGCGUCCCUGCAGAGCCCUGGCACCCGCCUGGCUGUGCCACUCUGCCCGCUUGUGCGCUGCCGCAGUGCCGUAACUGUUUCGUGCCUGUGUGUAAACCGAAUGUGGACUCCCUGCCACACCACCUCCCGCUGUGCCCACUGGCACUGUUAGCCCACCUGGUGAGCCUUCUGGCUGAGAGGGCCUCCCAGGGAGCUCUUGGUAACUUCUUCCUGGGCCUCCCAGCAGCCUCACAAUUUCCACCUUUUGUAUGGGUCAGGACGGGGGUGAGGGUAGACACCUGGAAGCUAACAAUCUAGCCUGAGUGACUGGGAGAGGUGUUGGCAGAGGCAGCUAGGGGAUGGUGGAGGUGAUGUCAGGCAGAUGUGAGAGCCUGGCUCAGAGGGGACAGAGACAAGGGGUAAGCUGGACUCCUGUGAUGAAAGACAGAUGGGCCAGCAGGCCAAAAAGGGCAGGAGCUCAGGGAGGGCCACAGACCAGCUGUAGCCAGUGGGGAGUUGUCAGCUGUCUCCUUGGGAUGGGCCAGAAGGCUUGGGGGCUCUGGGAGAAGCAUGGAGAAGGAGCGGACGUGGGCCCCGGGCCCUUCCCCCCUCUGCUUACAACAUCACUGUGGGGGUGACCUGAGCCCUCCCCAGCCCCAUGUCUGCCCCCUGCUGGGGGUGCACCUGCCUGUGCUGUGCUUUCGAUGUGCAUCAAUAAAUCACACUGGCCUGAU